GGGAAGUGAGAGAUGGCUUCCUGCAAUCUAGUCUUGCGGGUUCUUGCUCUAGUUUCGGAAACUUCCCACGCAGAGUCCAGCGCCGCGCACCUGCCCCUUGGGGCCGGUUCCUGCUCAGGAGCCUGCGGCAGGCUGGGAAUGCCGUUCUGGGAGAGCAGCCUCCCAGGCGGGGUGGUGGGGAGACUGCAGGGAGGAGUCUUGGGGAGUGCAAACGGAAAGACUACAUCUCCCAGGCCGCCACGCUUUCCAGCUGGAGUCCUAGGGCGCUGACUGCUCCCCAGUUUCCGUAGGGAAGCGCUGGGCCACCGCGGCUAUUGUGCGUCGCGCUCUCGCCCUCCUCUUCCCGCUGCAGUGUCUAUGGAGCGAGGCUACGUUUCAUUGCCGCCCUGGCUUAACCCUUCCGGCGCCUAAUAGGACGGCCGGCCGGCCCGCUCCCUUGCACCAGGAAGAAGUCUUAGCAGCCAGCGGGCCCUGGUCAGGAAACUCUAAGGUACAAGGAAAACAGUUGAGGAAGGAGCCAGAGCGCUCCGGUUUGGUCCUCGGGCUUCGCUGGGGCGGGGCGCAGGCGUUGGCUUUAAGAAAGGGGAGGGGACAGUGCAAUCCGGGUUGCCCGCGGAGUUCGGCGAAGGAAGUCUUCCGCUCGCUCGGGAGCUAGGAGCCUGUAGAGAGGCUGUUCCCAGCUCCAGCUCUAACCUCGCCUACACCCUGGGCGGGCCCAAGUGUCACGUUUGCAAUUGCUCAGGAAGGAUCCGGCCAGUCUCCGGAGGCAAGUUGGGCUGCGGUUUUUGCUGCUUAUCUGGGAAGGCGAUGCCUAAGGGGCAUGCUGCUUGCUAGGCAGCACCCUGCGGGGAUCCGACUGCGAUAGUUAGCUCUCCCUGGCCCUGAAGCCAUCGCCGGUGCGCCUGUUCUCUGUCCGGACCAGCCGGCGCUCCCCAGGAGUCUCAUUGAAACAGAACCAUGGGUCAUCCCCCGCUGGAGUUCAGCGACUGCUACCUGGACAGCCCCGAUUUCCGCGAGAGGCUCAAGUGUUAUGAGCAGGAACUGGAGAGGACCAACAAAUUCAUCAAAGACGUAAUCAAAGACGGCAACGCGCUUAUCAGCGCUAUGAGAAAUUAUUCUUCAGCUGUUCAGAAAUUUUCCCAGACGCUGCAGUCAUUUCAGUUUGAUUUCAUUGGAGACACUCUGACUGAUGAUGAAAUUAACAUCGCUGAAUCCUUCAAGGAAUUUGCUGAAUUGCUCAACGAGGUAGAAAAUGAGAGGAUGAUGAUGGUACACAAUGCUAGUGAUUUGCUGAUUAAACCCUUGGAAAAUUUCCGGAAGGAACAAAUAGGCUUCACCAAGGAGCGGAAAAAGAAAUUUGAAAAGGAUGGUGAGAGGUUUUAUUCUUUACUGGAUCGGCACUUACACCUGUCUUCAAAAAAGAAAGAAUCUCAGUUACAAGAGGCAGACCUACAGGUGGACAAGGAGAGGCACAAUUUUUUCGAGUCCUCUCUUGAUUAUGUUUAUCAAAUCCAGGAAGUUCAGGAGUCCAAGAAGUUCAAUAUUGUGGAGCCUGUCUUGGCCUUUCUUCAUAGUCUGUUCAUUUCUAACAGCCUGACUGUGGAGCUCACACAGGAUUUCCUCCCAUACAAACAGCAGCUCCAACUCAGUUUACAGAAUACAAGAAAUCAUUUCUCCAGUACCCGAGAAGAGAUGGAAGAACUUAAGAAAAGGAUGAAAGAAGCUCCCCAGACAUGCAAGCUUCCAGGACAGCCCACUAUUGAAGGCUAUCUCUAUACACAAGAGAAAUGGGCUUUAGGAAUAUCCUGGGUGAAAUACUAUUGCCAGUAUGAGAAAGAGACCAAAACACUCACCAUGACGCCUAUGGAGCAGAAGCCAGGUGCUAAGCAGGGGCCCUUGGACUUAACACUGAAGUACUGUGUGAGAAGGAAGACGGAGUCUAUCGACAAGAGGUUCUGUUUUGACAUAGAGACUAAUGAAAGGCCAGGAACCAUCACUCUGCAGGCCCUUUCAGAAGCUAACAGAAGGCUAUGGAUGGAAGCCAUGGAUGGGAAAGAACCUAUCUACCACAGCCCUAUAACAAAACAGCAAGAAAUGGAGCUAAAUGAAGUGGGCUUCAAGUUUGUCAGGAAGUGCAUCAAUAUUAUUGAGACCAAAGGGAUCAAGACAGAAGGGUUGUACCGCACUGUGGGAAGCAAUAUUCAGGUUCAGAAGCUGCUGAAUGCCUUUUUUGAUCCUAAAUGCCCAGGAGAUGUUGAUUUUCAUAAUAGUGACUGGGACAUUAAGACAAUCACCAGCUCCUUGAAAUUCUACCUCAGGAAUCUUUCUGAACCUGUCAUGACCUAUAGACUUCACAAAGAGCUGGUCUCUGCUGCCAAGUCUGACAACCUGGAUUACCGCCUAGGAGCUAUUCACUCCCUGGUAUAUAAGCUGCCAGAAAAGAACCGAGAGAUGCUGGAACUUCUGAUAAGACACUUGGUCAAUGUGUGUGAGCACAGCAAAGAGAAUCUUAUGACCCCCUCCAACAUGGGAGUGAUCUUUGGGCCCACCCUGAUGAGAGCUCAGGAGGACACUGUGGCCGCCAUGAUGAACAUCAAAUUCCAGAACAUAGUGGUGGAAAUACUAAUCGAGCACUUUGGCAAGAUCUAUUUAGGUCCACCUGAGGAAAGCGCUGCACCGCCAGUGCCUCCGCCUCGGGUGACAGCAAGAAGGCACAAACCAAUCACGAUUUCAAAGCGCUUGCUGCGAGAAAGGACGGUUUUCUAUACUUCUUCCCUGGAUGAAAGCGAAGAUGAAAUCCAACAUCAAACACCGAAUGGUACUAUCACCAGCAGCAUAGAACCCCCCAAGCCACCACAACACCCUAAACUACCUAUUCAGAGGAGUGGGGAAACUGAUCCUGGGAGGAAGUCCCCAAGCAGGCCUAUUUCGGAUGGCAAGUUGGAGCCCUGCCCAGAGGUGGACGUGGGGAAGUUGGUGUCUAGGCUGCAGGAUGGAGGGACCAAGAUUACCCCAAAGGCCACCAAUGGACCCAUGCCAGGCUCUGGGCCCACCAAGACCCCCUCUUUCCACAUAAAGAGACCAGCUCCCCGGCCCCUGGCCCACCACAAGGAGGGGGAUGCUGACAGUUUCAGCAAAGUGCGGCCUCCAGGAGAAAAGCCAACCAUCAUCCGUCCCCCAGUGAGGCCCCCAGAUCCUCCCUGCCGGGCAGCUACUCCACAAAAGCCAGAACCAAAGCCAGAUAUUGUGGCUGGCAAUGCGGGGGAAAUCACAUCAUCUGUGGUGGCUUCCAGGACCAGGUUUUUUGAAACAGCUUCCCGGAAAACAGGAAGUUCUCAAGGCAGACUUCCUGGAGAUGAAAGUUGAGGCUACAGGUUUUAAAAGCCUUGGCCUCAGAGGACCCUUUCCAGGUUCUGAAAGAGUCUUUCUUCUUCAAACCUUUGUGUGCGGAGUCAUUUUGUGUUGAAGAGCAGCUCCUUCCUAGCCUUGCACUUUCAGACUCUCUCUGGGAGGCCAUAAAAUAAGGAGCAUAUGUCCUAGACAGGUGUUUAUAUCUCCUUUGUAUUCAGUCUUCAUCCCCUCAGAAGGUCUGUUUUGAGUUUCUAUAACACUGUGAAGAGCUGGACUCCCUCAAGCCAGACUCUGCCAAAACCAAGAUAUCCACUUACCUGAGUCGAAGAGGGGAGCUCAGUUUUCAACUCUUCCCUGAACUUCCUGCUUCCUCAGAGGGCCACUGAACUCUGACAGAUUUGGGGCUAAAGACUGAUCUCAGGGGUCUUACCUUGAACUGAAGGCCACUUGAGUUGGGGCCAUUGCUUACCUUGGUUGGAAGGGAAUAGAAAUGUUUGCUGAACAUUGGAGAAUCUCAACAUGUCUCCUACCGAGGAUAUGGACACUGGUGCCAUGUCGGCGCUCUGGUGCUGCAGUCUGUUGCCAAGAGCCUGUCUGCUCCUGCGAGGCUAUGAGUGGGAUGAGUGAUGCCCCCACAGCCCCUCCAUGUGGACUUAGGAAGGUGGCCUUCCUGCUGUUACAUGCAGCCACUUAGGACAAAUCUGCAAAGCAUGUUUUGCAUGUAAAAGCCUAGGUCUAUUUGGAUUAUUCUUUCUCCUUUUUUUUUGACAGCUUCCUGUCAAGCAAUCAAGAAACAAACAAAAGCUGAACACAUUUCUUUUUUAAAAAAGGAGACUGUAUUUGGUCCUGUAGGAGUUCUAUUUUGGGGUCAAAUGCUCGAAAAAUUGUUAAGGUGGAUUGAGGCCAGGCAGCUGUCACUGCUGCUUCAUGUUUGCCUUCUGCACAUAAACUCUUUUAUCUCCUGAAAAAAGCAGUUCUUAAUUCAGUGUCCAUGGACUCAGAAACUCCAUGAUGCCCCUGAGAUGGUAUGCACAAUUCCAUGACAAUAUGCCCUUUCUGAGGAGAUAGUCCAUAAUGUUCUGCUAAUUUCAAAUGGGCUCGUGACCCAAAAAAGUUAAGAACCACAGCACUUGAGUAAAAUACUCUUUUUUACAAUCCAUAUAAGCCCUUGAUUGGAAGGGCUUUUCAAAAUCAUUUAGUCUAACUGCCCAGUUUCCAGUCGGGGGAACUGAGGCAGAGCAAGGUAGUGAUCACACCAGGACAAGAUCUCAGGUCCCAGGCUCCUAUGCAAGUUUUUUUUCCCCAUUAUAUCACACUUAUCUAGCAAGGGACCUUGUGGUUUGUGGCUUUAGUGGCCAUCAUUUCCGGGGGUUGGCUUUUACCGUUUUUCUUGAAUAUUUGCCACCAAGUGAAAAAGGUUGAGACAUAAACCCUUGCCAGGUCCCUUUCAUUUGCUAUCUCUAUUAUUGGAAAGGACCUAAAAAUUGGUGUAAUGGGGCAGAAAUCUAAGGAAUGGACAUUUCUAAUUCCUGUUUGUUGAAGGGAAGUUGCUGGAAAGAACAUCAAUACUUGUUUCUAUGCAGAUGCCUGGGCCGUAGCUUGUCUGUAGAGUCUGUAUAAUUAUAAUGUUGCCCAGUGUGAGGGAAAGAGCUUUCCUACUUGCACUCUUCUACCAAGGCCCAGUUAGUGCACGGAUUAUAGUAUAGAUAAAGAGAGAGUGAGUGCAUGCACACUCAUGUGCAAACCCACUCAGAGAUGCAUUUGGAACAGUGCUACUGAAAGGCAGUAGUCAUUUUCAAGACUGAAUUCCAAACAUGGUUUAUUGGUGAGUUAGGAACAUGUAAGGCCAAGUACACUGAGAGCCUUUUUGAAAGUAAUUGAGUGGAAACUUGAUGCCAUUCUAAAUCAAGGCAUAUCCAGGUGGCCCCACUGAACUCACUCCACUGUACCCAGUCUCAAAGGCCAGGUUGCUAAGAAACCAGGAGUAAAAGAGUCAAGUGACCCUCAUUUCGCCUGCUGCUUGCCCCCAACAGUAGUCUCUGUGAGGCCUUACUGACCUCACCUAGGAAGUGAUUUUUGAGCCCUUGUUUCAGGGCUGUGGCGUCCCUGCUCUAUCCUGAAUAAAGCAGACAGGUGUGCAGAUUUUGGCCACGAAAGCAUGGCUAAUAGGGCCACAGUCCCUUUAAAGAGACAUGGUUUGACUCAGGUUUUCUUGGGGGAAAAUACCACAAUCAUCAAUGCAAACAUUGGAAGAUUAUUGAGAGCCCUAGAAAGUUGCUGUGAUCCCAGUAGAAAAUAUGUCCCAGAAAUGUCAUGAGAUUGCUGUGUGUUACCUGGGACACAGAUCAAGGGCCUAUCUAGGAGAGCUGGGGACCAGCAGUCUGCCUGGAGGCCAGGGAGCAGUGGCUGAGUAGCUCUGCCCUUGCUCUGGUCUAUACCUUAAGAAUGCCAAAGAAUGAAUCUCAACGCCUGCCUUUGGCACUCUGACUUAAAGUGCAAAAAGCUUCUGUGGCGAGGCAUGCUAUCAUGUAAUAAGACCAGCUUGGCCUAGGCUUAAUGGAUGGGUAGUCAUUUUGCAGAGGCUAUGGGAAGAGGGUGAUAAUAGAAGAGUGGCAGGUAUAGGAAAUUAUCAACAUACCUUGGCCAGCAAGUUAGAGAAUCUGGCAAUGGAUGAACUGAAAGUGAUGAACUGGCAGGGAUAACAAAGAACCUAACAUUUAUUAAGCACGUAUUUAUUAAGUGCUCAGUGUUUCAUAUACAUGCAAGUAUUCUUCUCAUUUUACAGAGAAAGAAACUAUGGCCCAGGGGGCUAAAGUAACCAACUCAAGGGCACAUAGAAAGUAAAUAAAAGAACUGUGAUUUGAAUCCAGGCCACUCUUAGCCCAUGCUGUUUUCCCUUUGCCACACUGUGGUAGGUGUUUGAACAGAGGCCACAUUACUAGAGUUGGCAUGACUCUUGACUCUUGCCUGCCUAACAAAAUGUUGAAAGGCAAACAUUUGAAGGAGGGAGGGGAUGCAGGUUCAGUUUAUAUGGAAAUGCAAACUGGGCUGGAAGAUAUUCCUGAGUUAGGCUUUCUCUUCAUAUUCAGCUUACACAUUUGGUAAUGUUUUUAAGAUGAUCAUCUAAUUUUAUUUUGUGAAGUGAAGGAUUUGUGUUUUAGUUGGUAAUUGUUAAGUCCUUGGCUUGCCAUUUUUCAAAAAGUAAAAAGGUCCUCACAGGUGUCUCCAUACUUCGCCAAGGUUGUAGCAUGGGCAGUUUCAGUUUCAGCCUAAGAGACUGGUGACAUCCACAAAUGCAGUUUUAGAAGCAGAAAAGGUCUUGGUGCCUCUGCAAUACUUGAUGUAUUGGGGUCAAAUCUCUACAAAUUUUUCUGUGGUGAUAGCAAAAUCACGAGAUGGCUUACAAAAAGAAAUAUUGAAUUUUUAUUUUUGAAGUUUUUAUUUUUUAAAAGGUUGGGGGUGUUCAGCCACUGAGGGACAAAACUUAGCAUCUAAUUUCAAUUAUAGUGUCAUGCAGAGUAUUUCUAAAGUAAUUGGUUUUCAUGGGAAAGUAUUCUCUUUUCAAGAAGUUCUUUGAUUCUGUAAUAACUAGAACAAAUAAAGUAGUAAAAGAAGAAAUAGUUCUGUGACUAGGAAAAAAUUGCUUUUGAGAGAACGUAGAUCAAUUAUACUACUUUUAAGGUAGCUGCAGAUAAGUGGCCUUGACACAUUACAAGCCCAGAAAAAAACAUCAGAAAUAAUAAAAAAUUUCGGAGAGAAUCAAGAUACCUUAAAGAUAAGUUUUUGAUAAAGAAAAGCCUUCAUUUUCCUGGGGCAAAUGAAGCACUUGAUGCCAAGGACAUUAGUAGAGGGUUAGAAAGAUUGCCUGUGUGAAAGACAUAUGCUGUAUCAAAAUAAUAAAACCAAUGAGAUCCUAGGGCUCAUUCAUGUGACUUUCAAUAAAGUAUGUAGACUGUCUAAUAUAAA